UUUGUCAGCAACAAACUGAGAACAUCACAAUUUGUAUAGUUUUCAAAAUUCUUACGAUCUGGCAGUACUUAACGAUGGCCACACUGAGCUUCCUGCGUCGUCGGAGGAUCAUCGCCUAUUGUCGACGUCUGCUGAGCACGGACCUGGUCACAGCCCUCCGUCCGUUCUACCAGGCCAUCCAGACGGACCACCUGACCGGCAAUCCGGCGGAGAAGCGGGUCAACGAGGAGUCACUGCGUCUGCUGAGCUCCCAUCUGGAAUCCCUGACCGGAACCUCCGGGAGUUGUCUCCCCGCCGAUGGUCAGCUGCAGUUCUACAUCACCUCGGAAUCGGGAUUGGGAUCGGGAUCGGGAUCGGGCUCGGGUGAGGCCGGUGGUCAGGUGGCCAGUCGUCUGGUGAGAGUGCAGGUGGACAGGAGUCUGCUGGAUCCCAGGGCUGUGAUCAGGAAUAUCCUGCGAUCCUGUAAGCUCCUGCCAAAAGAACAGGAGAAGGAACAGGUACAGGGACAGGAGAUGGUAAAAGAGCUGGAGAAAGUGCUGAGGAAGAAGCAAUUGAAACCGGCUAGGGAAAGGAUUCGACCGCCGCAGGCUUCAGUUCAACCGAACUUCAAUGCCUUGAAGGAGCUGUUUGUGGAGCCGCAAAAGGAGCACUCCCUGGACACGUGGAUGCGACAGGCCUUGGCCCGUUCCCAAGCCUCCGAGGUCACGUCGUUGCGCUCCAAGAUUGAGGGUCUGGAGAACUCCCUGGUCCAAUUGCUGGGCAUUCGAGGAACCCGCUACGACUGCGGCUGCAAUAUGGAGCGCUAUCAGGACUGCCUGCGGAGUCUGCAGGAGUUGGCCCAGGAUCAGGGGCUCUCCAAUCAGCUGGCCGCUCUGCGGAAUCGCUUUGUGGUCUUUGCCCCGUACACUGGGAUGAGUCUGGAGGGCGACGUGAUGCUCUUCUCCGGGGACUCGCCCUCCGGCUGGCUGGCCUUCCUCUCCGAGAUGCGCCUGCACGAGGAGCAACUGCGUCUGGUGCCGCUCUACGAGAAGGCCCUGUCCGCCGUGCUCCUCGGUAUCCGGAUAGAGAGGCGACGAGCUCCGGAGCCGGGAUGCGAGGCGCGGGCUUAUGCGGGAAGUCUAAGGCGGGUGAUACGGGCGGUGAGCGAGCACCUGAAACUGGAGGAGAGUGUCCAGGAGCUGCCGGCCACGCUGCAGGACCACCAGUUGGCCGUGGUGCCCGACAGCGAUGCGCCGAAGGUCAGCCAGACGGGCCUCUUCCUGGCCCCCGCCCACUGCUCCGGACCCGAUCUCGUGGAGUUCAUCUGCCGCAACCUGGAGGUGGCCAGUGGCCGGUUCAGCCGCUAUCGCCGGGACAUCCAGGUGGAGCGGCAGCUGUGGCGGCAGUGCCAGGAGGAGCUCGGCCUGCAGCGACUCAGCAAGGACGACUCGGUCACUCCCGACAAAAUGGUCGUGGCCCUGCGCCACUUGCUCCAGAGUGGCGUCAAAUCCUGUCGAGGUCUCAGCCUGCACAUUACCAACUAUUGGUCGGUGCCCACCGACGGCAUCGUCUGCAUUCCCUGGGACUUCAUGUCCCGCGAGCAGUAGCAGGUCCUGCGAUGGAGGAGUUGUGCCACCUAAAUUCAUAAAUAAAUUAAUACGUUUGGGUUUAUAAUUGGAAAUAUCUUUUAGAAUUUUUUCAUUUAGCUCCUAAUAAUAUAAUGCUAUCUGUUUUGAAGUAA